ACGCGCACCUCUACCUCUAGUAAUGCCUCUGAUUCGGCCUCCUCUGGUGAAGAGGAGGGCGUGUCCGUCGUACUCGGCGUCACUCCCUCUUCCAAGUCUCGCUCGAAGCAUAUCGAGGCCAGUCCUUCAACCCUAUCUUCCACUACAGAGCCGUCCUCCUCUGAAUCUCCUAGUCAAGGCUCAGAGAACACGUCCCCUUCCACCCCAGCCACCACCACCCGCAUCCCAUGGUGGCGUCGCAUUAAGAAACGCCCAACCCCCCGCCCCCUUAAGCUCUCCACCCCCUCCCCGUCUAAGCAACGACGGAAACCGAAGCGUCAAAACUCUGAGCAGGAGAACGACGAUAUCGACGAGGACGAUGUUGAUGAUGAGAACCUAAAGACGGAGGAUGAAAGUCCCGCCAAAAAGCAGGCGGGUUCAAAUAAUAAAUCUGAGAGCCCCACAUCCAAUGCGAAGGAUGACGUUGAGACCAGUGGUAAGAGCAACCGGAUCACCCUACCAAACCCUUAUUCGCCUUCCAGUUCCUGUCCCGUUCUUCAUUGUUUCCCCCCGGCCUUUUCUAUCCUUUUCCACUCCUUCCCUACCUUAUCGUUGUCGCCCGCCUCCUCCUCCUCUUCCUCCUCUUCCUCCCAAUUCAGUUCCAAAAGGAUUGCUAUUGAUAUCUCCCUACUAAGUGCUCUCAAUUACUCAGCGAGUGACCCACUUGGCAUUUCCUCAUCCCUAGUGUCCAAGGCGAAAUCCGAAGUCAUUGGAUGAUCGGUGAUUGCUUCCAUACAUGUCCUAUCUUUCGUGUAGACCUCGUUAGGUCCAUGCGUCAUUCAGUUCACGUCGAUCGAGUCAAGGUUUCCUGGAGCCUUGAAUUUUUUUUCGAUCGCUUUAACACACAUGCACAAUUACACAUACACAUUCAAACAUUC